CGUUUUUCUACAUUUUUGCAGUGGUACAUAAAAUGCACAUUAUACGUUUGUAGCAUUACAUUAUUUUACUUCACGAGAAAGAUGAUUUGAACAUCGGGCCCGAAGAUGUCCAGUGGUGAACCCGAGCGCGGCAGGACCGUCAAGGGUCAACUCCGCCCUCGACAAGGUUUUUCUGUCGGCGGCGAGCGCUUAAUAUCCUACCCAGUCUACGACGAAGCCUACCCGCCGAAGGCUGGCUGCCCUACCACGCUGCUCUGCGGUGCUUGGCAGGAUUUCUACGGGGGACAGACGCGGCCGUGCUCGGUUCUUGCAGUCGACUUCAAGAUCGCGAUGCGGCGGCCGAGCUAACGGUGAAGAGAGGCGAGCAAUCUUCCACGUCCGUGCACGCGAUUCGGAAGUUCGUCGCAGAGUGUUGAAUAUUUUCGUUUCUUUUUUUUUUUUUAUAUGUGGGAUAUGAUCGGUUCGUAGAUUGCGAGAUCGCACAUUCUGCGGAUUCCGAUCGCACCGCUCCCCCCCCCCCCCCCGAAGGGUCGGAGGGAGAGUAUUUCCAGCGAAGGGCGGCCGAACUUUUUCCUCGGUACACCAUGGCCCAAACUGUUCGCACGUAGAAGACGAUACGAGCAACUAUGAAUGCAAUCCCGAGAGAGUUGUUGCUGCUCCUGGCGGGCGCGUUCGUCGCCGCGGCGGCAACGUCCGCCUGUCCGUGGGCGCAGCACGCGGUGGAUCUCGAGAGCUCGUGCAUCUGCGACUACAAUCUGGCCGGCGUUCUCUCAGUACAAUGCGACAUCGUCGAUUACGACCAGCUGUUGUCGGCGAUGCGGCGAUACGCUACCAAAACGCCGGUUGAACUCUUCUACGUCAACAACAGUACGAUCGACGUCCUGAAGAACGGCUCGCUCGCCACCUUAAGGAUCAGUAGUAUGCAACUGUCCGGCUGCCGCAUCAGGACCAUCGAGCCGGAAGCCUUCAAAGGCCAAGAGAAUCACCUGAAGAGCCUGAAUCUCAAGGACAACGAGCUCACGGAGAUACCCGGUUCCAUCCUGAAAACCCUGAGGAACCUCACCGUGCUCGAUCUCUCGAUGAACAAGAUCACCAAGGUGAACGACAACGCCUUUGUCGGCACCAAGCUGGUCACGCUGAAGCUAUCCGACAACGAAAUCACUCUCGCUCCGGGAGCGUUUCGCGGCCUGGAGAGCACCCUGAAGAAUCUCAAUCUCAAGGGCACGCGGCAGAAGAAGGUGCCGGAGGCGCUCAGAGGACUGAGGACUCUGGCCUUCCUCGAUCUGUCGCAGAACAGCAUACGCGAGCUGCCCGGCACUUCCGGGACGAAAGCCUUCGACGGCCUGGACUCCCUCACCGGACUCAACCUCGAGAGAAACCUCAUCCAGAAUAUCGGCCCGGACGCGUUCCACGGCAUCAAGAACACCCUGAGCUCUCUCAGCCUGCUGAACAAUCUCAUCCCGGAUUUCCCCACGGCGGCCAUCAACAGCGUCCACGAUCUUAGAGUGCUGGACAUCGGGUUCAAUCUGAUCACCGAACUACCGAUCAACGCCUUUCAAGGGAACCCGUCGAUUACGCUGCUGGCGAUCGACGGUAACCCGUUGUCCACGGUACCGGAAGAGGCACUCGUCCGGCUGAACGGUACCCUGCGCGGCCUCAGCCUAGGCGGACGGUUUCUCGUCUGCGAUUGCCGGUUACGAUGGAUCGUCGAGUGGAUCAAGACGCGAGACCUGCAGGUUACCAGUCGUGAACGCAAGCCACAGUUUUGCGGCAGUCCGCAACGAUUGCAGGACAGGAGCUUCUACAACAUCGAUCCCGACGACAUGAGUUGCGAGCGAGUGCCGGAAAUCAUCGGAAUCGGAACGGUGGAGAGCGUGGACACCAGGGAGCCGACGGAAACUAUAUCUGGAGACGUCGACAGUCACAUUCCGAGCAUUCGGCCUACGACUGUCACGACCGAGGUGAUCUCGAGCACAUUUUCGACAACCACUGUGACGGUACCGUCGUCGACUGAGCAGAGAAGACCGACAUCGUCGUCGUCGCCGUCAACCUUCGUCCCGACACCUCGACCGACCGCCGCGCGAACCGGAAACGUUGUGGUUGUGAGAACCACGCCGUCGUCGCCGAAGCAAUCGCAGGACCAGAUGCAGCAGCACCAACCGAGGCCACCGCUGGUCCUGGGAUCGCCCUUGUACAAAUCGAAAUCGAACGAGAAGGACAUCGUGGUGAAGGACGUGCUCAGGCAAGACAAUGCGGUUAUCAUAUACUGGGACACCGAAGCGGCCAAUAUUCUAGGCUUCCGAGUGAUCUAUCGGCUGUUCGGGGACAAUAGUUUCAAGCAGGCGCCACCGCUCGAGGCCAGCGAACGAGAGUUCAAGAUCAAGAACGUGCCCUCGCAGGAAUGUAUCGUGGUUUGCGUGGUCUCACUGGAGGAGACCAACAUCACGCCGGCGAACGUACCGUAUAAUCAGUGCCGCGAGGUCAGAACGGAGAACUCGCCCACUUCGAACAUGGACAAGAUCACGAUCGCCGCGAGCGCGGCGAUCUGCGCCACGAUCGUCGUCGCGGUGAUCAUCUUCGUGGUGGCGAACCGACGCCGCGCUCGCAAGCUGCACACACUGCACAGCAUCGAACAGACGAAAAUGGGCGGCCCGAUCGCCGGUCUGCCGGUCAAUUGUUGCGCGAACAUGGUGCCGACGCCCAGCCCCGGCGGGCCCCUGUCGUCGAUGGCCACUCUGAGCGCGUACAACGCGCAGAAGGAGUGGGACCAAGUGUCAGCUUACAGCAACAGGAGCAUACCGCGCCCGAGGAUCUUCCCCAUCGAUCGACAAGGAUCGAUCACCAGAGCGUCCUGCAUCGACGAUGUGCGCUCUCAGACCGGACAUUACAGCACCAAGGCCCGAUCGAUCGCCGACGGCCAGUCGCAGCACAGUUUCUCCAACAAUUCUACGCGAUACUUCGCCAAUGCCGCGCUGGCCUCCAAUCUCGUCAACACGAGACCAGAACUGCGACAGUCGCGCCAGUCGCUGGCGGCCGCCUCGGACCGGAUGUCGCGAUCGAACUUCCCCGGCAGCAACCACCUGCCGCCGCACUCAUCGGCCCGGCGGCAACGACCCCGAUCGCGCAACCGCACUCUGGAGCCGAAUCCGCCGCGACCUGGCAGCCGUUACAGCUUAGCGGACUCGACGCACACUCUCAACAACUACGACGAGAACAACUGGACCGACCACGACAUGGACAUCUACAUGGCCCGCAACCCCACCACGAGAAGCGGUCUAGUUCCGCUUUAAGAUUCAGCGAUCUCCAUGUCAUCUCAUCAUUCAUUCUUGCUCAAGCGUGUUCAGUAGAGUAUCCAGUACGAAUCUUAAUGAACUCUUCUCGCUCAUGCAUUUUCAAGCUGAGCGAAGUCUAGAUAAUUUUGACAGUUGCUCCGAAUAAGGACUUUGUAUCAAAUCAAUUCCGAAGUGACUGAGCCUAUUCUCAAAGCUAUCAGCGCGACGAGAGAAUCUCUUGGACAUUUUACGCGCUCGAAACUCACCAGUUUCGAUCGACGCUGCACUGCGUGGCGCGCAUUACCGUGUAAUCGUGCUUACGUGGCCGAUGCAAAUUUCGAGUGUUAGCAACAACCUUAGAUAUAUGUACAUUCCAGUAAAGUUAUAAGUCCUUUAUAUAAGAAUAAUCUUAAUUACAGAACUCUGUUGCGUAAGUGAGCGAGCCGACAGCCUUUCCGGCCGGCUCGAUUUCCGAAUUAUUUUUUAUUACGACGCGAUACUUUGCACGACGGACUUAGAAAUUCUACCCUCCAAAGACUGCGAUCGAAACGUCUGCUCUGUAGAAAAGUGUUAUCGCGACUAAGCGAACCGAUAUAUCGUAGAAUAUAGCUCUCAAUGGUUAUGAACGACCGAAAUCGAGAAAUGAGAGACUUUAUAUAGAAGCUCCCAUUGGCUCCACCUUAUUUAUAAUACGUGUAUUCGCGGGUGCAUUCGCAGAUAUACGCGCGUCGACGACGAGGACGAUUUGUCGUCCGACGUAUGAUGACGUAACGAUGACAAAUAAAGAGAUUACUUCACUACUCA